AUGCCGAAAGAUGGCGACAAAUUAGAGGACUCAAUCAGAGAUGAGUUGACACAGCCAUGCUUGGAAACAAGCAUAGUCCUUUUUGCAAAUACGUCAUCUGGUAGUACCAAAGCACGAGAAUACAUUAAUUUAAAUUCAGAACUACAUUCCAUAGCUACAAAGAACGGAACUGUUGAUCUAUAUAUCUACCACCUAAACGAUGAAAAUAGCAAACGAAAUGGAGCAUUGAGAUGCUUAUUUCUCUUACUGCUCUUAUAUAUAGAAGUUUCCUAUGUUUGGCGCUGUAAGGCCGAUAAAUUCUGAUCGGAAUUUAUCGUAGGUUGCACCAAAUCAAUGCCUUGGUCGGACCAAAAAGCGAUUUGGUCCGACGAACUUGGGAAAGCUCCUGGGAAAAUGUCUGCGCUUUUAGCGCUAUAUAGAGGAAACCUCUAUAUGUAAUGCAAGCCAAAAAAUAUAUAUCAACUUUAAACUUAAAUCCCUAUAAAAUAUUAGGGUGUUAGAGUGUUAAGGUGUUAAUUUGUGUGUUGGAUUUGAGUAUCGUGAGUUAGAAAAAGUUGAAAGACUUAAAGUCAUGGCUGCAGGUGGAGAUGGGACUUUAAUUUAUGUAAUGGAAACCCUCCUAUCCUUCAAUGUAAACAUAUCAUCAAUUGAUUUUGGUAUAUUACCAUUUGGGACAGGUAAUGAUCUAGCAUCAAUGCUUGGCUGGGGUAGAGAUCCAAAAUCUCCCAUAGUUGGCAAACAUUUCACAGGCUUAAAAAAUAGUAUAGAAAACUGACUUGAUGCUGUCCCUAUGCAUCUUGACAUGUGAAACAUUGAAAUUGAUGUUCAAGAAGACGGCUAUUUAGAAAAAAUUGCUAAACAGCCAAAAGGAUUCACAAGAGAAACAAUGAAAAAUCCCCAAGGUGAGGACAUAAAGUGCUAUAAAAGGCUGAUGACUAAUUACUUCAGCAUUGGCUUAGAUGCAAGAAUUGGAGUCGGUUUCGACAAAAAAAGAACCAAAAAUAAGCACAAAAACAGAAUGAUUUAUUGCUGGGAAGGAUUCAAAAAAAUCUUUUGCCUUCCUUCUCCUAAAGUCAAAAAAAUAACUACUUCUCUCAUAGAAGAAGACUCCAAGCAUAUUUUCAAUAAUUUAGAUGGACCACAAAAUUUGCCUCCCGAUACUACAGUUUUGUUAGCAUUAAACUCAAGAACUUAUGGAGGUGGAGACCAUUUUGUGUGGGAUAAAGCAAAAUAUAAAGGAAACAAGCUAUGAAAUGUUCAAAGCCCAAGGGAUGGGCUGCUUGAGUUCAUGAUCUAUAGAGGGAGCUUAGGACUUGGGCUUGAACAGAUAUUCACUGGUCGUGCUCAUAAACUGCACCAAAGCCAAGGACCUUUUGAGAUAAAUUUCAAUGACAAGAAUAACGAAAACAAUAGAAUCUAUAUGCAGAUUGAUGGAGAGUACUUUUAUGCAAUAAAGCCCAAGCAAGUAAGGAUAUCCUUAUCAGAAAUUUCAGUAACUCGGCAAAUAAGCGUCUUGGUUAAUUCAAAAAUAAUUAAAAAUGUUAAAUAA